CAUCUGACUGUUAAACAGCCAUCACUAGCACAGGGAGGCUGCUGCCUACAUAGACUUGAAAUCAUUGGCCACUUUUAAUAAAUGGAUCACUGGUCACUUUAAUAACGCCACUAAUAUUGUUUACAUAUCUGGCAUUACUCAUCUAUGUAUAUACUGAACUUCUGGCUCUGACAGAGAUGGCCGCCUCGCUUCGCGUUCCUAGGAAACAAUGCAGCUCUGUCAAUGCUCAUGCAUGUAUUUGUGUGUAUAUAUUCUUAUUCCAUUCCUUUGAUUUGUGUAUAUUAGGUAAUUGUUAGAUAUUAAUGCACUGUGUUUGCUACACUCGCAAUAACAUCGGCUAGCCAUGUGACCAAUACAAUUUGAUUUGAAAUAACAUUCUCCUGGCAGAUCCCUUUUUUAAAUGUGUAUAUAGACCAAUAAAGAGGUUCUGUAACCAUUUUUUGACAGACCCUGUAAGGAAAGCCUACCACAUCUCAGUCUUGGUUCCAGUAACUGAUGUAAUAGCAUGGACAGCUUGGUUUAGCCCAGGAGCUGAAGAUUCAAUUUUAAGGAAGAAUGAAAACUAGGCUUCCCAUGACAGUGAAAGUGCAAUUAGUGAUGGAUGCAAUUGCCAUGCAGUUGCGCUCCGACAGUCAAAUUACAUUUGUAAAUGCUUAACACAUCCGUAUUGACAAAACGAGUCAUGUGACGACCAUGAAGAUGGCGCAUCUUACAGUAUAUAGCAGUUUUCUGAAAAUGUCUUGCCCCUCAAUACCAGUUUGGACCGGCGGACAAUAUCACGAGUGUUAAUUAUCGUCUGACUCAACCCAAUCGCGGGGACCCGAUAUCAUGGCGUUGUUGAUCAUUGGGAAUCCGACUUGGUAAUGAACCACAGGCUAAUGACUAACCUGGAAAUACAUAAAUAAACCGUAAAAAAAAAAAAAAAAAAUCCGUUCCUAUCGAGAUGCUGCUGCAACAAUAGCGUUUGGAGAUUUAGAUGACCGUGUGUAUUGGGUAGGUGGACACGGAGACUGCAUCUUGUGUGACUAGGAGACACAGCGAGCAGAGCAGACCGGGAGAUAAAGGAACCGCGGGCGAAGACAUUGGUGGUCCAUUUUAUGUUGUUGCCUAUAAUAGCCUAUAUUUCUAACGAGUUGUAGCCUAGUCCCGUUCGAUACACAAAGAGCCGGGGAUAUUCCUAUAGCUUUCAUUUAGCCACAUCCUCCCACGAUAUCGACAGAAUGAGGCUUGGUCUCCAGGUGGGAAAAUAACAAAAAUCCCAAGAUGUGGAUACCGACAGAAGAGGAAAAAAUCGGAGUUGUUAUUUGUAACUUCCGGGGCUCAGUAUGUCAGGCCCUGGUUCUGGAGAUAGGAGAGACGGUGCAGAUCCUGGAGAAGAGUGAAGGUUGGUACAGAGGGUUUUCCACCAAGAAGCCUUCAAUCAAGGGUAUAUUCCCAACCAACUAUGUCCACCUGAAGAAAUCCACAGUCACCAACAGAGGGCUGUGUGAGACGGUGGUGCCUCUGGAAGAUCCCAUUAUCACUGAGACCACCUCCACCCUGCAGGAAUGGGGCGUGCUGUGGAAGCAACUCUACGUGAAGCACAAGGUGGACCUGUUCCACAAGCUGCGUCAUGUGAUGAAUGAGCUCAUUGACCUGCGCCGGCAGCUCAUCCAGGGUCACCUGGCCCAGGACCAGACCAGAGAGAUCAAACGCCACAUAACCGUGCGCCUGGACUGGGGCAACGAGCACCUUGGCCUGGACCUUGUUCCUAGAAAGGAGUUUGAAAUGGUGGAUCCGGAUCAUAUCAGUGCAUCUGAACUCUACAAAAUGCAUGCAUCCAGCAGACACUGUGGCCAGCCAAGCACAAACCAGUGUUCGUCGUCCGAUCGUUCUCAGGGCGACAGCGUGCGUCAGCGCCAUGGAGAUGGUUGCCGUGUUCCGGUGCAGCACCACCUCUUCAUCAACCUGAAGAGUUUCACCUACAACACCAUCAGCGAGGAGGCAGAUGUCUUCUUCUCCCUCUACGACACCCGUGACAACAAACAGAUCAGUGAGAAGUUUAUGGUGAGACUGAACAAAAGUGGAGGACCAAAGAACCCAGAGAAGGUGGACCGUCUCUGUGCUCUCUUCACGGAUCUGAGCAGUAAAGACCUGAAGAGAGACCUGUACAUUGUAGCACAUGUCAUACGAACUGGUCGUAUGUUGUUGAAUGACUCAAAGAAGGGUCCACCCCACGUGCAGUACAGGAGACCGUACGGCUGUGCUGCUCUGGCCAUGAGUGACGUGUUCCACACAAUCACAGACCUCCAAGAGGAGAAGGACUUUGUGCUCAAAGUUUACACAUGUAAUAAUGAGAACGACUGGUUUCAGAUCCACGAGAACAUCAUCCGCAAGUCUAGUACCAAGUACUCAGCUCCUAGCACCAACUAUGGCCUCAUCAUCUCUCUACAGCUGCUGCGGGGGGAGAUGGAUCAGAUCAGGAGGGAGAAUCAUGCUGUGUUCAGCAGGUCCCUCGCCAUCAUGCGCAAACUCGGCUUCUCUGAUGUCAUCAUGCCAGGUGACACUCGUAAUGACCUGUACCUGACCCUGGAGCGUGGGGACUUUGAGAGGGGGGGCAAGAGUGUCCAGAAAAACAUUGAGGUCACUGUCUAUGUGCUUUACGCUGAUGGGGACACACUCAAGGACUGUAUCAGUCUGGGUAGUGGGGAGCCAAACACAAGUGAGCACCGGUCCUUUGUCCUCUACCACAACAACAGCCCUCGCUGGAGUGAGAUGAUCAAACUACCCAUCCCCAUAGACCGCUUCAGAGGAUCACACCUGCGCUUCGAGUUCAGACACUGCUCCACUAAAGACAAAGGGGAGAAGAAGCUGUUUGGUUUUUCCUUCACUCCUUUGAUGAGGGAGGAUGGGACCACGCUAUCAGAUGAGAGCCAUGAGCUCUAUGUCUAUAAGUGUGAUGAGAAUACAACGUUCAGUAACCAGGGCCUGUACCUGAGCAUGCCCUGCUGUAAGGAGGACUUCAACAGCUGCCCCAACCUGCCCUCCACCCUGCCCUUCCAGAGGAACCCCAAGGAGACCUUCUGGGUCUCCACACAGCUUUGCUCCACCAAGCUCACCCAGAACGUGGACCUCCUGGCCCUACUGAACUGGAAAGCCCACACUGACCGGGUGUUGGACAUCCUGGGCAGACUACGCCACAUCAAUGGAGAGGAGAUUGUCAAGUUCCUACGAGAUGUCCUGGAUACACUGUUUUGUCUCCUGGAUGACAACACCGAUAAAUACGGACCACUGGUUUUCCAGUCAUUGGUGUUUAUCAUCAACCUUCUCAGGGACAGUCGUUUCUACCACUUCCGGCCUGUUAUGGAGGCCUACAUACAGAACCACUUUGCAGGAGCUCUGGCCUACAAAGAGCUAAUCCGCUGUCUGAAGUGGUACAUGGACCGCUCUGCUGAGGUUGUCAGACAGGACCACAUCCAAGAGGCCAUGAAGGCUUUGGAGUACCUGUUUAAGUUCAUUGUCCAGUCUCGGAUCCUGUACUCGCGGGCGACCUGUGGUAUGGAGGAGGACCAGUUCAGAGCCAGCAUCCAGGAACUCUUCCAGUCCAUCCGCUUUGUGUUGAGUCUGGACAGCCGCAGCUCUGAGACCCUCGUCUUCACACAGGCGGCGUUGUUGAACAGUUUCCCAGACAUUUUUGACGAGCUGCUGCAGAUGUUCACAGUGCAGGAGGUGGCUGAGUACGUCCGGGGCACGCUGGGGAGCAUGCCCAGUACGGUGGACAUCGGCCAGUCUAUGGACGUGGUCAAACUGCAGUCCAUCGCCCGCACCGUCGAGAGCAGGCUCUUCUUCUUCCCUGAGUCUCGUAGUAUCUUGCUGCCGGUGGUCCUGCAUCACAUCCACCUGCACCUACGCCAGCAGAGGGAGCUGCUGAUCUGCUCAGGAAUCCUCACCAGCAUCUUCUCCAUCAUCAAGACCAGCUCUAUGGAGUCUUCUGUGCAGGAGGAGGUAGAGAUGAUGGUGGAGAGCCUGUUGGAUGUUCUGCUCCAGACUCUGUUGUCCAUCAUGUCCAAGUCUCAGUCUCUGGAGACAGCUAGGGGGCAGCGCUGUCCCCAGUGCACCGCUGAGAUCACGGGGGAGUAUGUGUCCACUCUGCUGUCUCUACUCAGACAGAUGUCAGAGAUCCACUUCCACCACCUGCUCAACAACUUCCACAGCAAAGAGGAACUCAAGGAGUUCCUGUUGAAGAUCUUCUGCGUGUUCCGGAACCUGAUGAAGCUCACCAUCUUCCCCCGAGACUGGAGUGUCAUGAGGCUACUGACCAGUCAUGUCAUUGUGGCGACAACACAGUACCUGUCUCCAGCGUUACACAAGAACUUCUCAGAGGCGGAUUUUGACUUCAAGGUGUGGAAUUCCUUCUUCAGCCUGACGGUCCUGUACAUCAACCAGCCCAGUCUGCAGUUGGAGCCCUUGACCCAGGCCAAGAGGAAGAAAGUCCUGGACAAGUAUGGAGAUAUGAGGGUGAUGAUGGCCUAUGAGCUCUUCAGCAUGUGGCAGAAGCUUGGUGAGAAUAAGCCUCACUUUAUCCCUGGAAUGAUGGGUCCGUUCCUGGGAGUGACGCUGGUGCCUCAGAGCGAAGUCCGGAAUAUCAUGAUCCCCAUCUUCCAUGACAUGAUGGACUGGGAGCAGAGGAAGAACGGCAACUUUAAGCUGGUGGAAGCAGAGUUGAUGGACAAGCUGGAGAGUAUGGUGGCUGAUGGGAAAGGGGACGGCAAUCACAGAGAGCUCUUUGGCCUGCUGACCCAGUUGUUUGGGCCUUACCCCAGCCUACUGGAAAAAAUUGAGCAGGAAACAUGGAGAGAGACAGGCAUUUCGUUUGUCACCUCCGUCACGAGACUGAUGGAGCGCUUGCUAGACUACAGGGACUGUAUGAAAGGAGAUGAGAUGGAGAACAAGAAAAUGGGUGGUUCUUCCAACCUCAUGAACUUCUACAAAUCAGAGAUCAACAAGGAGGACAUGUACAUACGCUACAUCCACAAGCUGUGUGACCUGCACCUGCAUGCAGAGGACUACACGGAGGCUGCAUUUACCUUGCUGCUGUACUGGGAGCUGCUGCACUGGGAGGACCGACCCCUCAGAGAGUUCCUCCACUACCCCACACAGAGCGAGUGGCAACGCAAAGAGGGCCUCAGCCGCAAAGUGCUCCACUACUUUAACAAGGGAAAGUGUUGGGAAUAUGGAAUAUCACUCUGCCGGGAACUGGCUUUCCAGUAUGAAACCUUAUAUGACUACCAGAGCCUGAGCUGGAUACGGAAAAUGGAGGCUGCGUACUAUGACAACAUCAUAGAACAGCAGAGGAUUGAACCAGAGUUCUUUAGGAUGGGCUUCUAUGGCAGGAAGUUUCCUUUUUUCCUCAGGAAUAAGGAGUUUGUUUGCCGGGGAUAUAACUAUGAACGACUGGAGGACUUUCAGCAAAGGAUGCUGGGAGAAUUCCCACAUGCCAUUGCCAUGCAGCACCCCAACCAACCAGAUGAGGCCCUCCUACAAAGUGAUGUUCAGUACCUGCAGAUCUAUGCGGUUACCCCAGUGUCAGACAUCACUGACGUGCCUCAGCUGGAGCGCGUACCCGAGAGGAUCAAGAGCUUCUACCGCAUUAACAAUGUCACUCGCUUUCACUAUGACAGACCCUUCCACAAGGGACCCAAGGACAGGGAGAAUGAGUUCAGGAGCCUGUGGAUCGAGAGAACCACCCUGAUUCUGUCUCGUCCUCUCCCUGGCAUCUCCCGCUGGGCUGAGGUGGAGAGGAGAGAACUGUUGGAGGUGAGCCCUCUGGAGAAUGCCAUCUACGUGGUGGAGAAUAAGACCCAGGAGCUGCGGACCCUGAUUAGCCAGUACCAGAACAGACAGCACCAUGGCAACAUUAACCCCCUCAGCAUGCUGCUCAACGGGGUCAUAGACGCUGCCGUCAAUGGGGGCAUUGCCAGAUACCAGGAGGCGUUCUUUGAAAAGGACUACAUGAACAGCCACACAGAGGACACAGAGAAGAUCACUCAGCUCAAAGACUUGAUGCAGGAACAGGUUCACAUCCUUGGAGUGGGGCUGGCCGUCCAUGAGAAGUUGGUGCACCCAGAAAUGCGUCCCCUGCACAAAAAGCUGAUAGAUCAGUUCCACAUGAUGAGGACUGGUUUACAUCAGUGUUUAUAUGUGGCCCAGCAGGGGUUGCCAGCAGCCAGCACUGGAGUCAACAAUCCCAGAGGCAUCCUGACCACUCACAGCCACAUGAGCCCAGAAAGUGUCCGUCUGAUUCACAGACACAGCCCUAUGAACCUGCAGGGUUCUAUCCGUCAGUCCUCCUCCUCUCUCUCUUCUCACACCUCCAGCGAGGCAGGAGGAAACCUGGUCAUCCUGACAGACGGCCUAUUGGGAGAGCACCCUGAGGACACGGCUCACAUGGAGCCAAGCCCCUCCUCCUCCAGUCUGAGCUCCAUUCGGUCCACCUCCUCCCAGGUUAUUAACUCUGCCCCAUCUAGUGCCAGAGGCUCUCCGUCCCUGCCGGAUAAAGCCAAACACAACCGGGAGGUGAUGAUGCUGCUGCCGCCUCACCAGAGAGUCAACAACACCAUGUACUACACCAUGACUGAGAACGGACAGAGCAACCAUCAGCAACGUGCCUUACUCCAGCAAGUGAACCCCUGUAAGCCGUGUGUUGACCCUCCCACGAGCUUGCCAGAGAAAGUGUUCCCUAGUGGCCCGAGCAGCUGGAGUCUAGAUGGCGAGGGCAGGGAGACAUUGCCCUACAUCCAGGGACCUACAGGGGGCAUCAUCAUGCCCCCUGUCCCACCCAGGUCCUUCCCACCAGGCCACUUCCUGAUGCACUUUGAUGCGUUCCACCACCAGAACAGUGACCCACCCCCGGCACUGCCUGUUCGCUCUCUCAGAAAGUCUCCUCUCCACCCCAUACCUGGCUCCCCCACUAGUCCUCAGUCAGCCCUGGGGGGCAGUAAUUCCACCCUCUCGGGCAGUGCCAGCAGCGGGGUCUCCUCUCUGAGUGAGAGUAACUUUGGGGCCCAGUACCCCGAUGCCCAAACUGUGCGGAAUGACGCCAUGGAGCCCUUACCCAGCCACCUGUGGACCCCUGAUGAGUACCUGGCCUCUCCCUAUCUGCACAUCCACUACAGUGGGCCAGAACCAGAGUCCCUCGACCAUGUCCGACCCUUUCACUACCGUAACCCUGUCUCACACCUCCCCCAAUCCCAAACUCACUUCCACCCCCACUCUCACCACCAACCGGCCAUCCUUGACGGCCACCCUCAUCCCCACGGGCCCACCCACCACCAGGUACCCCUCCACGGCCCACACCACAUUCCUUACCGGCGCCCUCAGCCCCCAGCUGUGCCCCCCAAGCCCUACCUGAGGGAAGGGUGCAUCCCUGAGGAGGACCUGAGCUCCCUGGUGCCCCAGCCCAUCCCCCUUCCUCGGAGGAUCUUCCACUCCCCCCAUAGUCACAGAGAGGAGCUAGCCAAGGCUGCCUGGGAGCAGUGCAUCAGCGAGGAGCACGAGGAGACACCAUGAGGAGACUACAGGGCUGGGCCUCUUGGUACAUCUUACUAGUCUAAAGUGGCUCCCUUCCUGUUGUCUCCUUACCAUCAUCUGAAUUGAUGUGAAAGAACAUGGGCUGGUGAAUCAUGCAAAUACAUUGUAGGCAUUAACAAUAUUGCUGUCAUCCAUCCCAUGUUUUUAUAUCAGAGCAGAUGAAGGGGAGAGGAAGCCACUUUAGACUAUUGAGUUACACCUUCACUCUCCCCAGUGUAUUCAGUCUGAUUCUGAAUGGAUGAAGCAGCAUCAUAGGAAUUAAUAAGGGAAUAGUAUCUGUUGGACAAUAUGACCGAUAAUAAUCACUUUGUUUAAAUAGAUGUUGACUGUACACUGUUGUACAACUAGUCUGUGAGCAUGUUUAUUUUCAUUUGAGAACAUUAUACAGCCGUUUUGUGAAACAUGACGAUCCUCAUCAACAUGAUCAACCCAUACGAUCCCCAAAUAGAAUCCCCCCUCCCUUUUCCACAACGAAAGGCAACUGCACAAAGUUAUACACUUAGUAAAGUCAUGAUGACUUUUCUGCUUUUAAUACUCCAUAUAUCUAUCCUAUUAUUUUGAUACACUUGCUACAGUAUGUAUGGGGUUUUUAAAUGGACUUUUCAUCCUCUGAUUUACAAAACGCUGUAUAGUGCUUCACCAUAUGACAUUCUCCAAUCUUCUGUUCUAUUCUGCUACCUGCUUCUCAUUGAAAGCAGGUCUGUUAUUUGGACCUGGGUCACUCUUCUUGACCAAAGCCUCUAGGGACAUAUAAACCUCAGUUUAGGAUUAUCCCUCCAUACAGUACGUAUGGAAAACAAUGUGAAUGUAUUCAAACAAGAUGUGCUGUUUUGUAUGACACAAGUGGCAGGUCUUCUUUUCUGUUCAUGUGAAGUUGUCUUUAUUACAGUCUUCUUGCCUUUUGUGUAACAGACCGAAAUAUCUCAUGAGAGGAGCGUGAAUGUGACCCAGACUGAAAGAGCUGAUAAAUCCUUGGGAGGACUAUGAGGGAGGGGUGGGAUUGUCCGGUGCCACAGAGAGCUCUGGAACAACAGCGAGUUCCCAAUGUCAGUUGCACAGGUUGAGUUGGAUUCCAUAAGACUGGAUUGUUCCUUGAAAGGAGAUAGUGAUGGAGAAAAUGAACCAUGGUGAAAACAUCCUUAACCCUCAACUAGGAGUAAGAUGAGAAGUAGCGAAGAAUAAUGCCUCAACAGUACCUCAACCACCUACUGGACUAACUAUACUCGUAAAAACAAUUAUCACACCUUAUCACACAUCACUCUCUGCCUCUCUAUGUUUCAAGACCAUGUCAAUUAACAAGUAAUACAUAUGGACUGUGUGUAAAAGGACUAAAGGCAAUGACAUUGCUCCUGUCAGUUACCUGUUCUACUCACCGUCACCCCCCUCUGCCCACCGAAUGGCAAAUCCAAACUCCCUCAAACAGUGUUCUAAAACAACUACCUGCCUUAAGUGCACUGAAAUGCAGUAUCAGUCUCUCAUUCUGACACCUCACUUGACUGUUUCUGUAAAGCUCAUGAAAUGACAGCUCUCAUUUUUUCAUCACGUUCUCUACGUUUUCCGAACAAACCUCAUGAUAUCUAUGUGUGGCAUCUGUUUUGUCCUGCCUUGGUUUGUAGAGCUACAGUAUACUUAGUUUUUGCCUGCAGUUUCUCUUCACUCUGAUCUGCAAUAGAGAGAUGUUUGUGUGUACAGAGGAGGAGUAUGAGAAGCUCAGACAGGACCAUGAGGUUGACCUCCUUGGGCAAUGAAAGUACAACAGACAGUGUUUGCUGAGAUGUAAUGUAUAACCAACCAGUGGGUUGGAAAAAAAAUUCCCUGUGUAGUUUUUUUGCAGGUGAAUGCUUUGCUUUGUGUUCUUGCACAUUAGGUUGUCCACUGAUCAGACAACAUCUAUUUUUGUAUGCAGGUACAUCCAGUUGUGAGGACAUAGUUCACCGAUGUGAUGAAGGAUGCAGGGUAUGUUUUGCAGACUGUGGAAUUAGUAUGGAAGAACAGAACUAUGGAUCAAAUAUAAGAUGAAAGUCAGAUGUAUGGGGAGGCUGAUGUUUGUGUGAAGAGGAGCGAUACUCAGAUCAAAUAUAGGUACAAUAGAAUUUUUCAAUGUAAAUUCUGUUACUGUACAUACAGCGGUAUUGUGAAAUAUUUUUGAAAAUUAUUGCAGACCCCCCUAAAAUAAUUUUAUUGUUGUUUCGUGUAAAUACAUGUACUCCAGAAAUCGAUGUAAUUGAUGAAUAUCUAUAAUCGAUGUUUAAAGAAGACAAAUACAUUAGACUGUGGUUGUCUGCAUUGUUCUUGACUUCAAGUCUUCAAAUAUAAAUACUUUAUACACUUUUCAAUGUGCUUUCUUGUACAGAUGGUGUUAGCAUGAUCAAACAGUGUUUGGUUGUAAAGGUGGUUUUCCUACUCCCAUAACUGCUGUGGUAUGGAUUCAUUAACAAUGCCAAACAUUAAAGACAAUCUUUUAUCA